AUGAAUUCCAAGAAAUCAGAUUCCAAUUCAUUAGCAUUCCAAUCAGAUUAUCAAAAGAAACUCAACAAACUCACUUCAAUCCAAUCAUCACUCUUACCAUUCUUCAAAUCAAGAAUUAGAUUUAUCAUCUCAUUCAUCAUCUUAACCAUCCUAAUCACAACCACACUCUAUCUAUCAAACCAACCCCAAUUUCCAACUAAAUUCAAAUUCAAAUCAAACCAAGAAAAAACCAUUCCAACCAAACCUUUAUUACCUCCUAAAAAAUUAAACCCUUCAGAUUAUCCUGAUGAUUUACUUUUAUCUUUACCUAUCUUGAUUUCUACUUCAAAUCAACCUUUUAAUCCGAUCAACGAACACAAACCAUUACCUAAUCACCUCACACCCUUCAGCACCCAAACCCUAUACAACAAACUCAAAAGCGCCCCAACCUCCCAACCACCCCAAAAAAUUCCAUUCCCAUCCCAUAUCUCUUCUACUACGAACCGUCCUCAAAAAGUCAUCAAUACGACCAUCAAAGCCUUCUCAACCUCAACCCGAUCCAAACUACCUCCAUCCACGAAUGCCAAAGCAUCCAAACCGAUCCAAUACCUAGGUUUCAAAUCCUCAAAGUUUAUAAAAUCUUGGGAAUCCAACCAAGACUCAACCGUAAGAAAUACAAGAAAAGAAUGGGUCAAGAAUGCUUUUUUGGUCGUUUGGGAAGGAUACAAAUCUAAGGCUUGGGCUCAUGAUGAACUUAAACCGAUCUCGGGUUCAUUUGAUGAUCCUUUUUCGGGUUGGGGUGCUACUUUGGUUGAUUGUCUUGACACACUCCUCAUCAUGGACCUCCCCACCGAGUACGAAUAUGCAAGAGAUCAUGUGGCUUCGAUUGAUUGGAGUGUUACAUUAGAUCUUCGAACUUUAAAGUCGACUAAAUCUCCGCCUAGAUCUUACCCUUCGGUCCCGUUCUUUGAAACCGUUAUUCGUUAUUUAGGAGGAUUAAUUUCAGCUUACGAUUUAUCAAAUGAUCCAUUAAUGUUAAAAAGAGCCGAAGAUUUGGCUGAUUGGUUAUUACCUUCGUUUGGUACUGAUUUGGGAUUUCCUUUACCUCAUUAUCAGAUCGGAUCGAAUCCUAAUGGUCAAUCAGUUGGUAGAGUAUGUUUAGCAGAAAUGGGUUCAUUACUUUUAGAAUUCACAAGAUUAUCCCAAAUCACUCAAAAACCUCACUACUUUUACUAUGUACAAAGGAUUACGGAUCAUUUAGAUUCAAAUCAAUGGAACUCGGAACACAGGAUCGGUAGUUUGUUUCCUACUUGGAUUGAUCCAAAUCAUCCUACUUCUUUAUAUGGUGAUUAUACUUUUGGUGGAAUGGCUGAUAGUUACUACGAAUACCUUAUUAAACAAUAUCAACUCUUAGGACUUCAAUCUACUCAAUACUCUAAAAUGUAUACAUCAAUCCUAAGCUCAGCUAAAUCAAACCUAAUCAAAACCUUUGAAUUAGAACCUGCCAAUCAAACUCAAUCGAAUCUAAGCCCUAAGACGAUCACCAUCUUGGGUGAUAAGUUAGGAGGAAAAGAUGCUAAGUUGGUGAACUCGUUGGAUCAUUUGACUUGUUUUUCAGGUGCAAUGAUCGGACUUGGAGCUAGGUUAUUGGAUAACAAGGAGGAUUUAGAUUUAGCUGUUUCUUAUACCGAUUCGUGUGUUUGGGCUUAUGAGUCUACUAAAACUGGUUUAGGACCUGAAAGAAUGAGUGUUUUGGAUGAUGAAAAGAGUUCAAAGUAUUGGGAAGCAGUCGAAUAUGAAGGUCAAGUUUAUCGUAGGUUGAGUAAAGAGAAUGGACCACCUGCUUCGGUUCUUCAUGAUUCUAGAUACUUGGGUAGACCUGAAACGAUUGAAUCUGUUUUUUAUAUGUGGAGAAUUACAGGGGAUAAAGUUUGGCAAGAUAGAGGAUGGAGAAUGUUCACAAGUUGGGUAGAAGGAUGUUUAACUGAUUUUGGAUUUGCUGAUUUGAUGGAUGUGAAUCGAUUACCAUAUCAAAGAUCAGAUAAACAAGAAUCAUUUGUUUUAGCUGAAACAUUGAAAUAUUAUUAUUUAUUAUUUGAUGAUCCGAAUUUGAUUAGUUUAGAUGAAUAUGUUUUUAAUACAGAAGCACAUCCAUUUAAAUUAAGAAAGGAUCGUAAAGCUUUAAGGAAUUAUCAUUUGAAGGAAUUUAAAGAUCAAGAGAUUGGAAAUGGAAGUCCCUUACAGCUUUGGGCUGGGUUGAGGUAUGAUGAAUUGGAUGAAGGGCAAAAGGAAAUGUAUAGAAAAGUGAUUGGGAUUUGA